CAUGCGUUCAGAAUCACAGCUGAUCUUCACUUCCGGGGUCGAAAAAAAACCUGUCUGCAUGCAUUUAGCGGGUGGUAAGGGUUUUCUCAUAUUAAUUCAUAUUCAAUCACAAAUCAAUAAUGGUGCGCUGCUAUAGGAGAAUGUCAUGCUGCUGCCAAGAUGAUUGUUAAUAGAAGAGAUACGCUCCCAGAAUGACUGAAGAAGAGCAGUUGUACAGAGGGUACUUCUGAAAAGAGGUUAUGUUGUCUAUAAAGUAGCAAUGUGACACAUGACCCAAAUAAUGGAGGAGGGUGAAGAUUGUGCUGCAGGUGUUUGCAGUGAAGAAAUAUCGUCCACAUCCGAGGAAGGAAGACUCUGCAAGAACGACAGAUGUCUGCAGCUAAACGGCGCCGUGCCAUCUCUCAGAAAGGAUGCAGAAGGAGACAGUUUCUGCACAGAUGAACUUGUGUCUUCUCUUACUGAAAUGAACCAGCCUGAAUCAACCCAACCAACUACAACAUGCUGUAAGGAUGGACAUUGUGAACCAGAGGAAACUUCUUACAGAAAUCUCAUGGGUAAUAACAAGCAAUCGGACAAAAAUAUUGGCUUGAGUACCUGCAAAGGAGAGGGGAAUUCUGUGCCAAAUAAUGAAGCCAGUGCCAUUUCGGAGUUUGAUACUACUGAUGUAGGUUCUGAACUUGAACCUGAGCCAUUUAGAGGGGAAAACCAUGAAUGCCAGUCUUCAGGAAAAGGUACCAAAGACUCUGUUGAAACUGAAGUGGAUGGGCUACAGGGUAAUGAGCACCAAGACCAACAUGAAAGAACAUUAGAGACAGAUACCAAGGUGUUGGAGAAUGGACCAGAGUCUGAUUCACAGCAGCCACCAGAUGUUGAAGCAGCUCUAGAUGAAAUUGUGACAGCUCUCGACAGCUUCACUGCACUGGAUAAUAACCAGCUGAGUUUUAAGAGAGGGGACCAAAUCCAUGUCAUCUCCAAGAACAGUGAAGAGUGGUGGUGGGCGGAGCUUAAUGGUUGCUAUGGUUACAUACCUGUCAAUCACGUCAGCCCCAAGACCUUGGAGGAGCUGGAAAGUGAACUCUGGCAAGAUGAGGAGUACUUUGGCUCCUAUUCUUCUUUGAAACUUCAGUUGGAGAUGCUGAAUGACAAGCCGCGAACUCUGGCCUACAGGACGGCCAUCGAGAGGAAUGCAGAAUUCCUGAAGGACAAGGUCAUCAUGGACCUGGGCUGUGGGACGGGCAUUCUCAGUCUCUUCUGCGCAAGAUACGGAAGACCAAAUAAGAUCUAUGCAGUGGAAGCCAGUCGGAUGGCAGACAAGGCAAAGAAGCCGAUGCUGUAUAAUGGUUACUGGGACGUGGUGAAGGUCAUUCACAACAGGGUGGAGAACAUCACACUGCCAGAGAAGGUCGACCUCAUCAUCUCAGAGUGGAUGGGGACACUGCUGCUGUUUGAACUGAUGGUAGAAUCGGUGCUGAUCGCGAGAGACAAGUUCCUGGCCAAAGGCGGGGUGAUGUGGCCGUCCCACGCCAAACUCUACCUCGUACCCUGCCGCGCUCAGAAGCAGUAUGAUGAGAAAAUUGCAUGCUGGGAAGAUCAGUACGGUUUUGACUUCUCACCACUCAUUCCAUCAGCUAAGAAGGAGUUUUUUGGCCGCCCCAUCUUCAACCAUGAGCUGAGUGUGCAGGACUGUCUGGCAGAGUGGGAGACUGUGUUAGUCAUGGACAUGAAGAGGUUCAGGGUGGAGGAGCUAGAGGAGAUUUCCCAGGAUUUUGAGUUCCAGGUGACAAGAGAGGGAACGUUCCAUGGCUUUGCCUCCUGGUUCAGUGUGGACUUCGGAGGAUUUCCUUCCACAGAGCCACCGGUGGUGUUGAAUACUGGACCAGAACAUGAGAUGACCCAUUGGAAGCAAGAUCUGUUCAUGAUGGACCAGCCCACUGCGGUGGAGGGGGGAGACAGCAUCGUGGGAAACAUUCUCAUCAAGAGGAACCCGGAGUGGAGACGACAUCUCAGGGUCAUGUUUACAUGGGAGGUCCUCAAGGCUGGCGUCAGAUGGGGGACCCAGAAGCAGAAGCAGUUCCUCCUAUGGAGAUGAAGGGGAACCCUCUGUGGGGAUUUUGAAACCACUUGACAAGCAAAAUCAACAAGCUAAAAAGCAAUUUGAAAUGGUGACCCAGAAGUAAACAUUGGCUAGUAGAAAAAAGCAGAGACAACAUUGUGCCAAUGGCCACAGAGAAAAGAAUAUUUAUUGAUUCAGAAGUGAAAUACAGAAGUUUGGCAUUGUUAAAUGUGGAGAAAUUGAUUUUUUGUUGUGUAAGUUAUGACAUAUCUAAUUUUUCCAGUGAUAUGCUAUUUGAUGUGGAAGUUUCUGUCAGUUUCAUCCAUGAAAUCAAUGUGGUAAAUGACCCUAAGAUACAUUGUUGCAUAUUGUCCAUACCAUAGAAUAACUUUUAACAUACAAAUGGAAAUUGUCCUUAAUAUGUAACGUUAAAUCUUCUUCUUGAUAAAAAUGUCGCGUGAAAAAAAAUUAUAGUAGUGUUGGUUCAGAAAGACUGUCACAAUAAUUUCCA